AUGAAGAAAUCGAAAACCAAACCCCGCUCGGUGCCUGUCAACACUCGAAAAGCUCUGCGUAAAGAGAAAAGACAACUAAAGAAAGUCCACAGAAAAGAGCACUACUUGAAGAAGAAAAGCGAGCCAACAUUUACCCCGGGAAAAUUCGUAAAACGGCCUGCUGAUACACCGCUUGAUAUCAAAGUAAAGCAAAAGAAGCAAAAACAACAACCAACAAUUCAUGAAGUACUGAACAAGGAACGUAAAAAAGAAAUCAAUGAAGCUGAAAAAUUAAAAUCUCAAAUGAAUGAACAAAGGAGGAAAGUUAUGGUAAAAGCCAAUGAAGACGAGGACAAGGUAAUAAAGAAGUUGGAGAAACAACUUGGCUUGAACAAGUCAAAGAAUAAAAACAACUAUUUUGCAGAUGAUGGACUUGAUUAUCUUUUAGAAGUCUGUGACAGAGCAACUUCAGAGCAAAUUGUUGCUGCUGAGAAGCAUUUAGCUGAUGUAGAAGAAGAUUCAGAUUUUGAUGAAGAUUUAGCUGCAGUUACUGGAAAAGAAAUAGCAAAUAAUAAACCUUCAAAGAAAAGAAAGAAUAUUAAUGAUUCAGAUAUAGAUAGUAAUGAAUAUUCAGACAAAAGUGAUGAUGAAGACUAUUUUAGUAAAAAAAUAAAAACUGAAGAAAAAGUAAGUAAAGCAAAUGGUUCUGAGGAUGCAAAUGAUAUAGAUUCUAAUGAAACUCUUACGGAUCAAGAAUUUAGUGGUAUGGAGGAAGGUGACAAUUUCAAUGAAAGUGAUGAACAAACUGACGACGAAAUAGAUGAAAAUGAAACCUUAGAACAACAUCAUAAAACUAGACCAGUAAAAGAAAAAACUGUUUCAGCACAAGAUUUAGGUAAAGUAUUCAGUGAUGAUGAAGUAUCUCAUUUGUCUGAUGACAGUGAUGAAAUAGUUGAAAAUGAAGACAAAGGUAAAGAAAAGCCUGAUGUCUGGGAAGAUAUAUAUGGCAGAAAAAGAGAUAAAGAAGGAAAUGUUAUAAGGGUAGAAAAAGGUGUUUACAUACCACCACAUUUACGAAACAAGGAUUCAGCUUCAGAUAAAGAGAUAGCGCAACUGAAAAGACAAAUUAAAAGUGUUUUAAACAAAUUGGCUGGUACAAACCUGCACUGGGCCAGUACAUCUAUUGAAAAUCUUUACUCAAGUAACAGCCGUAACUCAGUAAAUACAGCCUUAACUCAGCUUUGGUUGGAAGCAACCGUCAGUGUUGCCAACACUCCAGAUAGAAUGGUAGCAGAGCAUGCAGCUUUGGUUUCAGUGUUGCAUGCUAAUGUUGGCUCUGAAAUUGGGGCUCAUUUUCUUGAAGAAUUAUCGAGAAAGUUUGAUUCAAUGAUGUUAGACAGCCAACCAAUUGAAGACAAGAGAUUGGAUAAUUUGGUAUCUUGUUUGGCGCAUUUGUAUAGUUUUAAGGUCUACCAUGCAACUCUACUCUACGAUAUCUUAGCACGACUCGUCGAAGAUCUUAGCGAAAAGAACAUAGACUGCGUAUUAACAGCUCUACGAUGUGUUGGCGGCGUGUUGAGGAAGGAAGAACCGCUGGCGCUGAAGAAUUUUAUACACGAUACUCAAGGACGGAUUGCUCAGAUGAAUGAAUGUGCUAGUAGUGGUUCUCGUAUAAAGUUUUUAUUAGAGGUGUUGCUAGCUGUAAAAAACAAUAAUUUGACAAAAAUACCAAACUACGAUCCGACUUAUAUUGAACACUUGAAGAAAAUGUGUAAAGCAAUUAUAAGAAAAGGAAAUUACGUGACGCCGCUAAAUAUUAGGCUUGACGAUUUGUUAAAAGCACACGAGCGUGGCAAGUGGUGGGUUGUGGGUUCAGCAUGGGAGGGUAACCGGCCGCAGGAAGAAAAACCAGUCAAGACAGCGUCGGCUUACGACCAGAAGCUGCUCAAAUUAGCAAGAGAGCAAAGAAUGAACACAGAUGUUAGACGCAGUAUAUUUUGCGUCAUUAUGUCGGCUGAGGACUAUAUGGACGCGUUCGAGAAGCUACAACAUCUAGGUCUUAAAGGCCAACAGGAGCGUGAGAUCGUGCAUGUGCUAUUGGCCUGUUGCCUGCAAGAGAAGACCUAUAACCCGUACUAUGCUGUUCUCGGGCAGAAAUUGUGUGAUACUGAUAGGAAAUACCAGUUGUCCAUCCAGUACUCUGUGUGGGAUAAAAUUAAGGAUUUAGACUCGCUAUCGAAACAAAGUAUGAGCAAUCUGGCGCAGUUUCUAAUACACAUUAUAAUGGAGAAGGGGUUGCCACUUUCCGUACUAAAGAUUAUUCAAUUCUCAGACUUAAACAAACAAACUGUGCGUUUCAUGCGACAAAUUCUCCUAGCAAUUAUCAUGAAUGAAGAUUUACAAGCCACUCUAGAAGUAUUCCAUCGAAUAGCGAAGCCGCCGAAACUGCACAUGUUCAGAGAAAGUUUACGACUAUUCAUACAACACUUUUUAAUAAAAAACGCUGGCAAGAAAAGUAAUGUAUUAAAUGACGAUGAAAUGGCAACACUGAGGGAGAGGAGCACUCAGGUUGAAAAGAUUUUGACUGCUUAUGAAAAUAAAUUGAGACUGUAA